CUUUAAACCCUCGUCGGAACACUCUCGGAAUUUUUAUCUCUCAUCGGAGCUCUCCUCCUCAGUGGGUAGAGAGAGAAAACGCCACGAUUUCUAGAGAGAGAAAGGAAAGCGAAGUUCGGAAAACAGAGAUUAGACUAUCUCUCUCGUGCUUUCUAGGGUUAGGUUUUUUCCUUUUUCGUGUCGAAGUUCAAAGAGAAAAAGAAGCUCCGAGCUAAAAAUUAGACGUUAAAGGUCGCGAUUCUUUGCUUUAUUACUGAUAUUUAAAUUGGAAUUAUCUUUUUCUCGGAUGAAUUUUCUCGGGAAAAUUUAGCGUCGACUGUAAGUUGCUUUUUGCCCAUUUAUCUGGUUUUUCUAUGCUGUAAAAUUCCUUUUAUAAACCGACGAGUCUUCCACCUCAAGCAAAGUUGUUCUUACAAGUUUGAAUUUUAGAUAAAUUUUGGUUGGAAAAACAAAAAAUUGACUGCUUUUUUCUUGGUAGCAAUUUCCCCUUGUUUUUUCUUUCCUUUUUGUGAUAUAAAUUCGUGGAGUUCUGGUAGUAGUGGGAGUAGAAUCUGCUCUGAAUGUUUAGUUUGGAUAAGAAAGUUUCAAUCUUUGGAGAAAUUGGGUUUUUUUGUGAUGUUGGUUUUGUGGAAAUUGGAGAAAAUGUUGAGUUAAACUUGAUGAAGGGUCGGAAAAUUGAUUUGGGAUGAUGUGGAUUUUGUGAUUAAGGUGGAAAAGAUGGUUGGAAUGGGGAAUUCUGGAAUUGUCUGAGGGUUGCAGCAUGAGUUGCAGCGUGAGGAGCGGCGGAAGAGAAGAAAGGGAGCGCGAGCAAGCGGUUUUGAGGAAGUCUGUGGAUGUCGAGCCCAACUCGGGCUCGCAGAAUGGUUUGAUUGCUGCCCAGCAGCUGACAAUUGACGAGAAUUUGCUGGUGGACCCGAAAUUGUUGUUUAUCGGGGCGAAAAUUGGUGAGGGAGCACAUGGCAAGGUUUAUGAAGGAAGAUACGGUGAUCGAAUUGUUGCUGUCAAAGUCCUCCAUCGUGGGAGCACUACCGAAGAAAGAGCUGCGCUUGAGAGUCGUUUUGCCCGUGAAGUUAAUAUGAUGUCCCGAGUAAAACACGAAAAUCUUGUUAAGUUUAUUGGAGCUUGUAAGGAGCCGCUUAUGGUGAUAGUUACUGAGCUAUUACCUGGGAUGUCACUUAGGAAGUACCUGAUGAGUAUUCGUCCAAAUCCAUUAGAACUCCACGUAGCCAUUAAAUUUUCUCUGGACAUCGCUCACGCUAUGGAAUGUUUACAUGCCAAUGGGAUCAUACAUAGAGAUCUAAAGCCGGACAAUUUGUUGCUUACGGCGAAUCAGAAACAUGUAAAGCUUGCAGAUUUUGGUCUUGCAAGAGAAGAAACGGUUACAGAGAUGAUGACAGCAGAAACUGGGACUUACCGCUGGAUGGCUCCUGAGCUAUAUAGCACGGUAACUUUACGCCAGGGAGAGAAGAAGCAUUACAAUAACAAGGUCGAUGUAUAUAGCUUUGGGAUUGUCUUAUGGGAAUUAUUGACUAACCGCAUGCCCUUUGAAGGCAUGUCCAAUUUGCAGGCCGCUUAUGCUGCUGCUUUCAAGCAAGAGAGGCCUCUACUUCCGGAGGACAUAUCGCCCGAUCUUGCAUUUAUCAUUCAGUCAUGUUGGGUUGAGGACCCUAAUCUAAGGCCUACGUUCAGCCAGAUCAUCCGCAUGCUCAAUUCGUUCCUCUUCAAACUCUCACCACCCUCACCGCCUAUACCAGACACUGACACGAAAGAAGCAGCCGCAAGUAACGGUCCCAUGACUGAAUUAUCUGCCCGGACAAGAGGGAAGUUCGCUUUCCUCAGGCAACUGUUCAAUGCCAAGAGGACCAAGAGCUCACAGUGAGCAGCCAACAUAUUUUUGGAAACCAUCUUGUUCUAACUGAAGAACAAGGCAGACACAGGAUCGUAGAUACACAAUUUUAGCGAAUUCGUGAUCAAUCACUCGAAAAACGAUGAUAUGAUGUGCAAACGACGAGAAAACACGAAAUCAAAUAGUGUUUGAUGGGUGGAAAAUUCAUCAAGAAAUUAAACAGAAAAAAAUUGAGGAUGGUUGUUGCGUAGGAGGUGACCUUAUUGUAAAGGAACAAUUUUCUCUUCUCAUCAAAUGGAAUCCCUUCUUUUAAGCUCA